CCCCCCGCCUCGCGCAGGAUCCUACCGGCCGGAGCAGCGCGUGCCGGAUCCAGCCUCGACCCCGAGCUCCAUCUUCUUCCCCGCCGAGCCACCCGACGGCCGUCUCCCUUCGGCGAACCGGCCACCUCAGAGUCCAAGCAGUUCGGGCGUCGCUCCUCCGCCUCCUUCUGGCUGCCCUCGGCGACGCUCUCCGCCACCACUCCGCCUCGUCCCGGUGGGUGGUCCGACACCGCUGCGUCCAGCGGUCCAACCCCGACGCUCUAGGCCGAUUGGGGUUUCGAACCGGUGAGCAACAGAGGUCAGGUGCAAGGAAGUAAACAACCCACAAAACAACACAAGCAAGAGAUCAACAGGUUCAGCAAACAAUCAGGUUCAUCAAGGAGGGGCAAGAACAGGCAAGAUCCCAAAAAGGUUGCUUCAAUCGCUAUUGGUUCAGUGAGUGCUCUCUGCCAUGGACAUGUCACUAUUGAGAAGCGUGAUAUUGCUACAUAAAUCCGGUGACCACGAGGGUGCGCUUGGCUCCAUCAACGAGCUCGUUAAGGCGGUCUACAAUAGAAGUGGGAAUGUGAUUCACAGUGAUUUGGCUGCACUUCUCCUCGGCACACAACUUCAGCUCUUAGCAGCCCAGAGUGCUGACGAGCAAGCUAGGAAAUAUCAUCUUCAACGCGCUGAAGAUUAUCUUUGCUACGCCAAGGAUAUAGGCUCCAAUUGCACUGCAGCACAUGGAAUGCGCGCUGCUGUGCAUUUGGAGAACUACAGAAUGGAACAAGCAGAAGCCGUAAUUUCCGAUGCAUUAAGGCUUUCUUACCCAGAUGAUCCAAAUGAUCUUCGUGUCGACCUCACUGAUAGUUCUCACAUAUACAUUGGUGAUGUUUCUGAUCUGAAAAUCACUGAGUCUGUUAUAACAGUUCAACCAAUAGACAAUGAAGCCAAACGGGUGAUGGUUGCAAGGCACAAGAUCCGGGAAUUCUGCAAUGAACAUGUUCGCCGUAUUCAUAUUGCAGGAGCACGAAGUAUAUUGAUCACUAACUAUGACUGUAAGAUUUUAAGGAUGAAAAAACAAAGUUUGUACUGUUACAUUGGCGAGGUUAAGUUGUGUGGACUUUCUCAGUUCCGUGGUAGAAAGGCUACCAUUUUCUGUCUUGGAGAUAAUGUAGCACAAUAUCUACAUGAUUGUCUAGUAUCCAUCAGUCAUCCUCAUAUUCUCAGCAGUUUAGGCCAUGGCCGAGGACUUGGAAGCUACUCAAUGAAUACAUUUCUGGCAGUCCCUUUUUUCAGUGCUACAUUUCGCACCUAUCUACAAAGCAUAGAGUUGUCUGUUUAUAUGGACAGAUACACAGAUGAGUUUAUCAUCUUGGUCAGCCAUAUUGUAAAAGCUAUAUUGGGACUGCACAGCCUUGGCUACUGUUGCAAAGAUAUGGAGGCAGAUCAUAUAGUUGUAGUAGAAGAAAAUAAGUCCAUAUCCGCCAAAAUUUGGCAUUUCAAGAAAUGUUCAUCUGAUGAAGAGAAAACAGGCGACUGGAAACUCCUUGGUGAACUGCUCAAUACAAGCAAGCUUAAGAGUGACGAGAAUUCGGACCUUUGUGCUAAGCUCUGUAAAGCAGAACUAAGGGGACUGGAUAUAUUGGCACACAGUGCUCUGUUGACAGCGAGGAAGAAACUUCAAAAUGUCCUCACGUUGUUCAAGUACCAGGAAACUGACUGGAAAACUGCAAACUCACCAGGGGCACCGAAUUGGCUUGAUGACAAAUUUGACUUUAGUCCAAAAAUGCCAUUGUGCAUUCAUCAGUCCCAGUCUUUUAAAAGCUGCCCAAUUCAAACUUUCAGAACAUUCACCGAAAAGCUUAGAGAUGUAAUUGAGCAUGAAGUGGACUAUCUGCCGCUCAGUAUGGUCGACUACAUCACUUUUAAAGACAGGGAGCAAGGUCGAAAGGAGGAAGAUUUCGAGUAUUCUUUAAGGCAUGCUUGGCCUAAGGAGUUUCUGAAAAUACAAAACUUCGUUAGAGAGAAAAAACUCACCUACUAAGUAUUUAAAAGGUAUUGGUGCCAGGAAGCUUUACUAGCUUGACAGAGAACACCCUGUCUCUGAGGAGCAUCCUUUGAGUUUCUAAGCUCCCUGGGAAUGCCUGCCUGUGGUGCAUUGAGGCGUUGGACGGCGCUCGUGGGCCCAUUUAGAGAUCUUUUGCUCCCGUUAUUGUCUUGCUCGUGGGCCUAUUCACCGCUUCUGAACCCGUUCGGUACAGGUGUCUUGUGGCGUGCCGCGUGUUCCCAUGCUAGUGCGUCUGGGUGGGACAUGCGAAUAUUUUCACCGCUUUUUGGGGUCGGUGGAGAGGAAAAUCACCGUAUUAAGGAGGGGGAAAUCCGGGUAGUGUUCUUGUUUUUGUUCUCUCGGCGGCGCUGUGAUUUUUAGCGGAGCUUGUGCAGAGGGGCAGCCUGAGAGGCGUGCCUUGGCUGGGUGCUCGGCGACUAGUGCAGGCGUCUUCAGGGCAUUCGGGGGCUGCAAGCGCCAGUAUUCUCCCGCAGGCGAUUUGAGGGUGUUCGACGUCUGGGAGGCUAUACACUACUAUCUGAAGAAUCACUGCUAUCAACCGUCGAUCGUCGAUCUAGCGGCUACCAGAGUCCAGCCUGUCGCUGUUUACUUUCCAGGAGCUCCAUGUGCUCUGUUUUGCUUUUAGCUGAACCACUCCUCUGUGAUGGCUAUAUAGCUACUUGUUUUCCUUCAUUUUGGGAUCAUGAUUAUUGUAUAUGGGUGUUAACCCUAGCUGCCGGUGGCGUGCUACCUUAUCUUCCCUUGCUCCAAGUAAUAGAAACCCCAGUUUGAGAUCCCAAAUUCUUCUCUGAAAUUGUGAUUCAUAGCUUGGAGUUCAGUUGAUUAUGGUCAGGUUCCUGACAAUUGGUAUCUAGAGCCAGUCGGUUCUUGGCGGGAGGCGUGAUCUGGAGUGCAAAUCCCUCUUCAAGCUCCAGAUCAGGAGGCGGAGAUAGAUCGGAGGUGGCCGGAGAGGCGUUGUUUGGGUGCGGUCAGAGUUCAGCCUGGUUGCAGAGGAACAUUUCCUCCGUACUAAAAUCCCAGUUCUGAACUCCGUUUGUGCGUCGGUGGUGAGGAUAAGAAAGAGUUCCAGGACUUCCAAGACAUGGUGAACCGCAACUUCAUCACCAUGCAGCAGAAUUUUGACAAAAUUCAAGAGAACUUCAGACGCCUGCUACUAGACCCUGAACAUGAAGAAACUGAUGAUCAAUCUGCUCAAGGCAGUGUGCAGGUCAAGGACACAGUGAACAAGUCUCCUGUAGCACCACUUGGUAGACCUAAGCAGCUACAGGUACCCACACCACCUUCAGUUACCAUGCCAGAGAAACAACACCCCCCUGCAGUGGGUACAGCUACACUAAGGGACCAACAUGGCAAGGAGCUCAAUUUGGACGGCACGGCCAAAGUUCCUUAUAGGCACCCUAAUUUUGGCCAUCCAAGAGCAGAUCAGGCUACAGCUGGAGGUCACGCAGCUGCAGGAGCUCAGGGAACACAACAAGCACCUGUUCAAUUAGAAGAACUGGAGGCAGAACAUGAGUUAGAGGCCAACUUCCAAAGAUCAAGACCUGCUACACCUAUUGAUUGCAGAAGGAAUGUACUGACAGUCAAGCCCGCAAAACUGAACUUAUCUGAAUUUGAAGGUGAUGACCCUGACUCUUGGAUCCAGAACUUAGAGCAAUACUUUUCUGCUGCAAGAACACCAGUAGAACACAGGAGUGAACUAGCUGUAUCAUAUCUCAAGGGGCCUGCAGCCCAAGUGUUAGGCAUUCUGCAAGACAACCAACUAUAUGCCAAGAUGGACAAAUGCUUUUUCGGCCAAUCUGAAGUAGAAUACUUAGGCCAUGUCAUUAACAAGGAUGGAGUGGCCACGGAUCCUGCAAAAAUACUUGCAAUUCAGGAAUGGCCAGCACCCACAAAUGUCACUGAACUCAGGAGUUUUCUGGGAUUAAGUGGAUAUUAUAGGAGAUUCAUACAAGGAUAUGGUGUUAUAUGCAGACCCCUCUUUGACUGCUUGAAGAAAGAUGCAUUUUCUUGGACAGAUCAACAGCAACAAGCCUUCUUAACACUUAAGGAGAAACUGACAAAUGCACCUGUUCUAGCACUACCCAACUUCACCAAACCUUUCAUAUUGGAGGCUGAUGCUUGUGGAUAUGGACUCGGGGCUGUAUUAAUGCAAGGCAAAGCUAUUUCCUAUUUCAGCAAAAGCAUUGGACCUAAAGCAGCAGUCCUUAUCUACAUAUGACAAGGAGGCCCUAGCAAUCAUUGAAGCUGUCAAGAAAUGGAAACACUACUUCCUGGCUACCUCCCUGGUAAUUAGGACAGACCAACAGAGCUUCAAAUACAUCCAAGAACAAAAGUUGACUGAAGGCAUUCAACACAAGUUAUUGCUCAAACUUUUGGGAUACAACUUUACAGUCGAGUACAAGAAAGGAAAGGAGAAUAAGGUUGCUGAUGCCUUGUCAAGAGUUAAAGUACAUGGUCUCUAUGCUCUAUGCUAGUGCCAACACUCCCACAUGGGUCAAAGAAGUAGUACAAAGCUACAAGUCUGACAGCAAGGUGCAGGACCUAAUAGCUGAAUGCACUGUCAGUAAAGACACCAACACUGCUUACUCUUACAAGAAUGGAAUUCUACGAUUCCAUAACAAAAUUGUGGUAGGCACGGCAACUACACUCAGACAAGACAUCUUGAAAACCUUCCAUGCUUCUGAAUUAGGAGGACACUCCGGAGAAAGAGCAACAUAUCAAAGAGUUAAACUUGUCUUUCACUGGCAGGGCCUUAAACAAGAUGUCAUUGCUUUUGUCAAAGAAUGCCCAGUAUGCCAACUCAACAAAGCUGAACACACUCCCUAUCCGGGCCUCCUGGACCCAUUGCCUGUCCCUGAUUUUGCCUGGGCACACAUCAGCAUGGACUUUGUGGAAGGUCUGCCCGUGUCUGAAAACAAAGAUGUCAUAUUGGUGGUGGUGGACAGGUUCACCAAAUAUGCACACUUCAUAGCUAUGAAGCACCCUAUCACAGUGCAGUCGGUGGCAAGAGCAUUUGUAUGGUUUUCCUCCCCCAAUGGUUGCAGAAUCAGCUCUCCCUGGCACAAUUUGUGAGGACAGUGACAAUCUCCUCCAGAACAAAGAAGUGGCACUGACAUCAUCAAGCAGAACCUCCUCAAGGCACGAGCCAGAAUGAAGCACUACGCUGACAAAAGAAGAAAAGAAAGAGAAUUUUCUAUAGGUGACAUGGUGUACUUGAAGUUGCAGCCUUACAGACACACAUCCCUCAGCUUGCACAGACAGCUUAAGCUGCAUUCCAAGUUUUAUGGGCCUUUCCGAGUUCUCCAAAGAAUUGGCAAGGUCCCUUACCAACUACUUCUACCUGAAGGUUGCCAGCUGCAUCACACAUUUCAUGUGAGCCAGCUCAAGAAGCACAUUGGCCCUCAAGUCUUCAUCCCUUCCAAGCAUUUGCCCCUGGUAGGACCUGAUGGACUUAUUCAGAUGGAGCCUGAAGCAGCAUUGGAAAGGAAACUUAUUCCACGACCUCAAGGUAACAUCAGUAUCCAGGUGGUGCGGUGGCUAGUCAAAUGGGUUAACCUGCCCCUUGAAGCUGCCACUUGGGAGGACUCGGCUUCCAUUCAGAAGGUUUUCCCAUCAUUCCAAGCUUGAGGACAAGCUUUGUCUCAAUUGGGGGGAAUUGUCAGGCUAUACACUGCUAUCUGAAGAAUCACUGCUAUCAACCGUCGAUCGUCGAUCGUCGAUCUAGCGGCUACCAGAGUCCAGCCUGUCGCUGUUUACUUUCCAGGAGCUCCACGUGCUCUGUUUUUCUUUUAGCUGAACUACUCCUCUGUAAUGGCUAUAUAGCUACUUGUUUCCCUUCAUUUUGGGAUCAUGAUUAUUGUAUAUGGGUGUUAACCCUAGCCGCCGGUGGCGUGCUACCUUAUCUUCCCUUCCUCCAAGUAAUAGAAACCCCAGUUUGAGAUCC